ACCUCUCACGUGAGAAGACACAGCAAAUGCCAUUGCAGCCUGGUGGGACCCGGACUGGUCUAUACGUGGUCCUCAGGAGAGACAGCCCCAAGAGGUGGAAGACCCAAAAAUCCCAGGUGCAAACACCAAAGGACUUGCAUGAUAUCAACACACUGUACCAAUGCACACCCAGUAAUAGAGACCUAGAGCAAGCUGAAUCUGUGGCCUGCAAUCCUCUCACUGAGGACAGCGUGGAUAUGGAUGUUUCAGGGCCAGAGCCUCCCACACCAGUAAGCCCAAUCACAACCACAAGUAUGGUUCCUGCUAAAGAAGAGGACAUUGACAUUCAUUAA